CCCGAGGGUCAUCUCUAGGCCCUCUGGGACCGAGAAUCCGUCCGCUUCGGUUCGCCGGGCGCCUCUUCCAGCGCCCCAAACCCGCGGCCCGGGCCCCGCCGGCGCCGACGAUGGCCGCGGCCCAGGGCGUCCGGCCUCCGCGCGGCCUGUGGUGAGGGGAACGCGACGAGGGAAACCCCCGCCCUCCGCUCGGGACACGGCGACGCUCCGCGGGCUGAGGGAGCAGGCAAAUGUGCAAUACCAGCAUGUCUGUGUCUACUGACGGUGCUGUAAGCACCUCACAGAUUCCAGCUUCGGAGCAGGAGACCCUGGUUAGACCAAAGCCAUUACUUUUGAAGUUGUUAAAGUCUGUUGGUGCACAAAAAGACACUUAUACUAUGAAAGAGGUUAUAUUUUAUCUUGGUCAAUAUAUUAUGGCUAAACGAUUAUAUGAUGAGAAGCAACAGCAUAUUGUGUAUUGUUCAAAUGAUCUUCUGGGGGAUUUAUUUGGAGUACCAAGCUUCUCUGUGAAAGAACAUAGGAAAAUAUAUACAAUGAUCUACAGAAAUUUGGUGGUAGUGAACCCACAGGAAACCUCAGAUUCAGGCUCAUCUUUAAGUGAACCCACGUGUCACCUUGAAGAUCAGAGUGAUGAAAAGGAAGCUGUGCAAGAGCUACAGGAAGAGAAGCCUUCAUCUUCGGACUUGGUUUCUAGACCAUCUACCUCAUCUCGAAGGAGAGCAGUGAGUGAGACAGAAGAAAAUUCAGAUGAAUUACCUGGUGACCGACAAAGAAAACGCCACAAAUCUGAUAAUAUUUCCCUUUCUUUUGAUGAAAGCCUUGCUCUGUGUGUAAUAAGGGAGAUAUGUUGUGAAAGAAGCAGUAGCAACGAAUCGACAGGAACUCCAUCGAAUCCGGAUCUUGAUACUGGUGUAAGUGAACAUUCGGGUGAUUGGUUGGAUCAGGAUUCAGUUUCAGAUCAAUUCAGUGUAGAAUUUGAAGUUGAGUCUCUAGAUUCAGAAGAUUAUAGUCUUAGUGAAGAAGGACAAGAACUCUCAGAUGAUGAUGAUGAGGUAUAUCGUGUUACUGUGUACCAGACAGGGGAAAGUGAUACAGAUUCCUUUGAAGAAGAUCCUGAAAUUUCAUUGGCUGACUACUGGAAGUGUACUUCAUGCAAUGAAAUGAAUCCUCCCCUUCCAUCACAUUGCAACCGAUGUUGGGCUCUUCGUGAGAACUGGCUUCCUGAAGAUAAAGGGAAAGAUAAAGGGAAAAUGUCUGAGGAAGCCAAACUAGAGAACUCAACACAAGUAGAAGAGGGCUUUGAUGUUCCUGAUUGUAAAAAAACUAAGGUGAAUGAUUCUAAAGAAUCGUGUGGUGAGGAAAAUGAUGAUCAACUUGCACAAGCCUCUAAUUCACAAGAAAGUGAGGACUAUUCUCAACCAUCAACUUCUAAUAGUAUAAUUUAUAGUAGCCGAGAAGAUGUCAGAGAGCUUGAGAAGGACGAAAUACAAGACAAAGAAGAAAAUUUGGAGUCUAGUUUUCCCCUUAAUGCCACUGAACCUUGUGUGAUAUGUCAGGGUCGACCCAAAAAUGGUUGCAUUGUCCAUGGCAAAACAGGACAUCUUAUGGCGUGUUUUACUUGUGCAAAGAAACUAAAGAAAAGGAAUAAGCCCUGCCCAGUAUGUCGACAACCAAUUCAAAUGAUUGUGCUAACUUAUUUUCCUUGACUUGUCUAUAAAAGUAGAAUGAUAUAUUUCUAACUAUAUAACCCUAAAAAUUUAGACAUGAAAUUUUUUUAACAUGUAUUUAAAAGAGUAUCUUAAUCUAUGUAGAGUUCCAUUGUGUGAUUUGCCUACAUUGGAAAAGCUAAUAGUAAAUACUACGUUUUAUGAAAGUGUCACCUGUUUAUAAUCUGUUUGGGUUUUAAUGUACUUUGAAUUGAAUAUGUAGCUAAUACGUUACUCCUGCCCUCAUAUUUUAAAUAAUUCCCACUUUACCUGAGACGUUUCCGCCUUUUCUAAAAAUGAGAAUUUACAUGUAGCUUAUUUUAAUAUCUCUCAUCUAAGGAGAAGUUUGUGUGAAAGAUUUAAUAGUUAGAUACUUUUAAACCUUUGAGUCAUAGUUUCUCUUCUUAGUCAGAACCUCUUAAAAUAUCCUUUCCAGAUAAAAAAGAAUUUGGUAGUUUCAUUUGAUAUUGUGCAAAUAAGAAUGUGGCCAUUCUCCCACCUCUUUGGCAGAGUGAGGGCUUGGAGGUGGUGUGGUGUCUUUUGAGAAGUCUUUGAGAGUAGUAGCCAUUUAUCCACAACACAAUAUUUCUUGAAGUCUCCAUUUAAUAGAAUGUGGAAUUGUCCUAAAGGUCUACCCUGUAUACUAGGCCAUUUUUCACACCGAAUUUUAGCAUAUAGAAUAUAGAAUCAUUUCUUGAAAAAGAAAAGAAAAAUAAUUCUGAAGACCUUGGAGUUACUUUGUAUUUGGUUUUAUGUAGAUUUGAGACCUUUACUUUCAGGCCUGUAUUAGGAACCAGUGUGUCCAGAAAGAUUAAUUUAAAAAAUCUAAUAAGUAUAGCAGGAUAUUUCAUUUUAAAUUAAAUGAAAAUUAAUAAUUUCUAACUAAAUUGCCCAGAAAUUAUGCACACUUUUAAGAACGAUAGGUUUAGAGCAUAGGAUUCUAAAAUAUCUUUCACACUGCAUAGAUUACAUUAUGAUUUAUACUUAAAUAUGUACAUUUAGCAAAAUCACUACAGUAACUACUUUGAUGUUAGGUCCAUUGUUUUUUGCUCAUUUAAUAAUUACACAAACUGAGGUUAGGACAUAAAAUCAGCUUAUCUGUGGGGUAAGUGUAUGUUAGAACUGUGAGGUGAUUUUACACAGCAAGUUUGUGUGUCAGUCACUAACAAUUCAUUGUAUUAAACCAGAAAAGCAGUGGUCCAUAUACUUUACUACAUAUGCAUAUUUAAAAAGGAAACAUGGCUGAAGGGCUCAGUACCUUAGCUAUAGAAUGGUCCUUAAAAGUAGGUUUUAUUAAUUUGGGAUUUAGAAUACUUAAAACAGAACUCAACAGACUCCAUCUUUCUGAGGAGAAUUAGUUGUGAAUAUAUGUCUAAACUCUGUAUGUACAUCAAGGUACGUUAUGCAGUAAUACUAUUUAUAAAACACUCAAAACUGCAAAUCUCAUUUAGCAUGUUUAUGUGCGUUACUAAUGUAACUUUGGAUGUCUAAAUUUUUAGGGUUAGUAUAACUGAUCUGCAAAUAAAGAAUAUAUUAAAUAUUUAACAAUU